GUGAUGAUGAGGUGGGCGGGGAGGUUGUUGCUAAUAUUUAUUUUAUCAAUUACUGGUAUUUUGUACAUUAUGAUUAAACGGGUUCAAGAUGAUUUAACGCAUAUCCCCGGACAGCUCGUGAAGAGACCAUGGAGAAAUCCUCAUAAGCAUGUCAUAAUAUUUGCUGCCACUAAAUUUUUUGGAAUGGACAUCACAACUGAACGAUUUCUAUCUAAAUGCUAUUCCACAAAAGGUUUCUGUCGAAUAUCAGAAAACCAAACCGAUCUUGAUAAAGCGGAUGCGAUUUUGUUUCACAAUGCAGACUACACUUCUAUGGCAGUGCCUCAACCACGCCGUCUUUCUCGACCUCAUAUUCUGUGGAGUCUUGAAAGUCCAACUAAUGACGGCUUCCGGCCAGGCCCCCAUGUUAUCAACUGGACGAUGACAUUCCGUCAAGAUGCCGAUAUUUGGUAUCCCUACGGACAUUUCCGUAAACUGGAUAUGAAUAAGUCGGUGGAUUUUGAUGGUAUCUGGAAUAUGAAAGACAAGAGCAAAACUGCAACUUGGCUUGCUUCAAACUGUUUCACUUCAAAUUUUCGGAGCGAUCUGAUCGAUGCGAUGCAGAAAGCUGGACUUAAGGAAAAUGGGCAUAAGUUCACACUGAACGGAAAAAACUCCAUUUCUUUUCCGAUCGAUCGUUAUGGAAAAUGUGGUAUGCCUGCACCAGGAUGUGAAGGAGUAGACAAGCAAAGCGACAGUUGCGUUGCCCAACUUGUAAGGCCGUACAAGUUCUAUAUAUCUAUUGAAAAUUCUAACUGUGUCGACUACGUUACAGAAAAAUUCUUCGAAGCACUGAUUAGUCGUAUGGCCGUUCCCAUCGUACUAAAAAGGGAGAUAUACAAAAAUAUUGGGGCUCCUGCAGAUUCAUUCAUAGCCUUAGACGACUUUAGAAACAUUGGAGACAUGGUUGAAUACGUUAACGAGGUUGCAGAGGAUAAGCAGAGCUACCUCAAAUAUCAUCAGUGGAGGAGCAGUUAUGAAGUCAUACCAGAACAUAACGAUGAAACUGGAUUUUGUGAGCUGUGCCGGCGGCUUCAAUAUGACAAGCUAUUUUCCAAAUCUUAUGAGGACGUUAGAAAAUGGCACGCUGAUGAACAAUGCGAUAACGACUAUGGAAAAAUAUUUCUGCCCUCUAUUGAAUUAGCCGUUCGAAAUGAGCAAGCUUAAAGAAUUUGGAAUGUAGACACGAUCAAUA